CUUGCGUGUACCAAAUAUUAAAAUGAGGCCCAUUAUAACUACUGGUGCCGAACCUGGCAGGGGUGAUCUGAUGAAAGAACCACGCUGGGUGCCUGCUGUCCAAGAGCUGUGGUACACGUGGGAGAUCCACAGCAUGAUCAUCCUCAGCCUGUUCCUGCAAGUUUUCCUCUUCCUCUUCGCAGGAACACGGAUGCAUAGCAACAAUGGCCUGCGGCGCUUGGUCCUGUGGCUUGCCUACUUAUCGGCCGACUCAGUGGCCACCUUCGUGCUGGGCCACCUCGCCAUCCGCACUAUCGAGCCGAGCGACCAAGGGCUCAUGCCCUUCUGGGCGCCGUUCGUGCUCGUCCACCUGGGCGGGCAGGAGACCAUGACGGCCUUCUCCAUGCAGGACAACGAGCUGUGGAAGCGGCACCUGCUGAACCUGGUCAUCCAGGCAGUAGUCGCCUGUUACGUCGUGCGCAAGUCCUCUUGGCCGGACCGCCGACUCAAGGGGGCAUUGGUUCUCGUGUUCGUCUCUGGGUUCUUGAAGUACGCGGGGCGUACUGCGUAUCUCUACUUUGCGUGCCCAAAGUUUCUGAAGAGCCCCUUGUCUUGGAAGUUGUUUGGGCAAGGCAGAAUUUCUUAUGAGGACCAAAGGGAAAAUGCCAUAGAAUACAUGGGAGGAGUUCUUGAUAGGUUGUCCAAACGCAGUACAGAGCGUUCACGGUUCAUGGAGUCCUACAAUCUCACAACUGACAUCAUGGCAGGGGAUGCUCCCCUCAACGCAGUGCGAACCAUCACCUUAGCUGAGAAUGGGAAGCUACCAGGCAUGCUCGAUGAGUUCCUGUGUCGUGAUGACCGCCAGAAUGCCUAUGAGCACGUGGGAACACUUCUUGUACAGUGCUACUCACGACUCUACACCAAAGGUUAUGUUGUAGAGUUUGACAGAUGGUUCCACUGCUCCUUUAAAGCACAAGGAGGGUUCAUCAGUUGGUUCAGGAUCGCUAUCUAAGCCUUUCCCAGUUUCAUUAAUUGUCUUUCAUUCCCUUGUCUACGGGGCAUCCACCCUCUUCCCGUAUGUCACAAUCCCGAUAGCCCUGGUGCUCUUCGCGACCGCCAAUAAGGGGGACCCACUACUCCAUGGUAGCAGAGGCAGAGUUGAUAUCAUGGUGUCCUACCUACUGCUUGUGGGAGCAAUAGUACUAGAUGUGUCCUCUGUUGUCAGCUUGUUUUUGCCCAACAAGAAACAGUGGUGCCAAAAGCUCAACCAAUACAACAUGAUCAAUAGUGCAAAGGUACCCUACAAGUUGCUUAGCAACAUACACUUUCUUAGCUUUGACAUUUUGUUAGAGUGUGGCCCCGGACGUGAUAAUAUAGACCUCAGUAUGCCCAUGAAGAAGUUCAUCCUCGACACUUUGUUAGCCUCAGGAACAAGAAAAGAAUGGAACAUUUCCUGCACCCGUGGCCAGCUUGCGCUUCAUCACCGCAAGCCGAUGACAACCACACUAAGAGCACUUGAGGAUAGCGUCAGAACCGGUGUUGAUUUCCCAAGAAGCAUGCUCGUAUGGCACAUUGCAACAGACAUCUGCUUUCAUUACACCGGUCACAAGGACGCAGCCACCACUUCUUCAUAUGGAUUAUUGAAGAAGCAUGACUAUAAGCAGAUAAGCAGAGAGCUAUCGAACUACAUCAUGUACCUUGUCUUCAAGUGCGGUGUGAUGCUUACUACCUACUCCCAAGUUGUACAUGACGACACCAUAGAUGAAAUUGCAGAAAAGAUAUCGCUGUCAGGUGAUCACGAAGAUGCUGCCAUCACGAAGCUUCUUCUUUCUGAAGAAAUCAAGGUGGAGCAUGAAGAAUCAAAGGAACAAGUCGAAACAAGCAAGGUCAAGCAUGAAGGAGAAACCACCAAGCAGGAAGAACAAGAUGAAAUUGUCCAGAUAGAGCAUGAAGAAUCGACCAACGAUGACAGUAACGAUGCCGCUGCCAAGGAUCACAUGAAGAAACACUGUCAGAGUGCUGAAGCUCUAUAUUCUUCUCCAGUCCUACCCCGUGCACGUGAGGUGGCCCGGGAGCUGAUUAGCAUCAAGGAUGAAGCUGAGCGCUGGGACCUUAUUGCCGCGGUUUGGGCGGAGAUGCUUUACUACACCGCGCCACGUUGCGGGGCAGCUUUCCACGCCGAGCAUCUAACCAAGGGUGGUGAGUUUGUCACUCAUGUUUUCGUUCUCAUGUAUUUGCUUGGUCCUUUCAUGCCACCCCCUGGUGCUUGACCUCCUUCACCCCCACUACAUGCGCCUGUUGUGUCUAAGCCUUUUCGAGCAAUUAUUUCAUCAUCCUCUACUCUUAUGAUUGUAUCUUACUUCGAUCCAAACAAAGAAACUAGCUUUUGUGUGUGCAACUGCAGCUAUCUUUUACCAUCAUAUCAUAUGUAAUAAGUUUCCAAAUUCCAUGUGCUCCAGGAGGACGAUGGAAUAUGUAAACACCAAAUGGAACUUUUUUCAUGAAUUUCAUUGAAUGCAAGUCUCAUGUAUCUCGUUGAUCAGAGGAUCGAGUUGUUGUA